AUGUCAUUUUCAGAAAAUUCACCUGAUAGUUUUUUGGAUUUAUCUACCAUUAUCCAAGAACAACAACAACAACAGGAGAAUUCUGUGGGUUUGACAGGAGAUGUUGCAAUUGUUGGUAUUGGACUUAGAAUGCCAGGUGGAUCGAAAACUCCAAAUGAAUUUUGGGUACAACUGCUUCAGUCUUUCGAUGGUGUCUCUUUGGUUUCCAAAGAGAGAUGGGCUGCCUCCUUCUACGAGAAUCAUAUCAUCAAUAAUAAUUACGGUGGAUUCCUCAAUAUGAACGAGUGGAAAAAGUUUGAUCCUCUCUUCUUUGGCAUCUCGCCAAAGGAAGCACCGCUCAUCGAUCCACAGCAGCGAAUGAUGUUGACACUGGCAUGGGAAGCGCUAGAGGAUGCCCAAAUUCCACCUUUUUCGCUGCGUGGCUCGAAAAUCGGUGUUUUUAUGGGUGUUUCCAAUUACGACUAUAUGAAGCUUCAGUUUAAAGGUGCUCCAUCGGCAGAGUUACCACCGUACACAAUGACAGGAACGAAUGGAUCGAUCAUAUCCAAUCGUAUUUCCUAUUGUUUCGACUUUCGUGGUCCUUCCAUCACUAUUGAUACCGCUUGUUCAUCGUCGUUAGUCUCUGUGAACUUGGGUUGUCAAUCGAUUCUUUCUGGCGAGUCGGAAGUUGCACUUUGUGGUGGUGUCAACGCCUUGUUGGAUCCGUCGACCAGCGCUGCAUUCUCGAGUCUCGGAGUGUUGAAUCCCGAUGGACAUUGUCGAGCGUUCGAUGCCGAUGCCAAAGGAUAUGUCAGAGGUGAAGGUGCCGGUAUCGUUGUGUUGAAGAGUCUAGCGGCAGCGGAGCGAGAUGGUAACAGAAUCUACGGUGUCAUUCGUGGAGGUAGUACCAACGAAGAUGGUAAAUUCAACAAAUCCAGUCUAACAACACCUUCGAUCAGCUCGCAAGCAGAGAAUAUCCGGACAACUCUAAACAAGGCUGCUCUGAACCCAUCGGAUAUCUUCUACGUCGAAGCACACGGUACUGGUACACCGGUGGGUGAUCCAAUUGAAGUUCAAGCUCUACAUGAAGUGUUUAGCGCCAAUCACUCCGUAGGCUAUCCACUGAAGAUCGGUUCGGUCAAGUCAAACAUCGGUCAUCUCGAGAGUGCAGCCGGUAUUGCAUCGCUUAUCAAAGUCUGUAUGAUGCUAAAGAACAGACUGUUGGUGCCAACCAUCAACUUUAACAAACCAAAUCCAGCCAUUCCAUUCGAAGAUUGGAAUAUCGAUGUAGUCAAACAAAUCGAAGAUUUCCCUGAACAUUCAGUAAGGAUCGGUAUCAAUUCAUUUGGUUUCGGAGGUUCUAAUUGUCAUCUUAUCAUUGAAGAAUAUCAGAGCAUUUCAACUGAUAUUGAAAAUAAACAAAAUGAUGGGUUUAGAUACUUAGUACCUUUAAGUGCAAAUUCACAACACUCUUUAAAUAAAUAUACGGAAGAUAUUAUUAGUAAUGGUGAUAUUCAUAGAAAUGUUGAUUUCAAAGAGUUUGUGAUGCAUCAAUCACUCAACAAAUCGCAUCUCUCUCACAGAAAAGUAUAUUUCGCCAAAGAUUGGAAGGAGUUUAUAGAACAAGGUGUAUCGGUUUCAAGUCAACUCUCUGCUUCGUCAACCGAUAACAACGAUAGUAGUAUCGACAGUGUAAAUAGUAGUAAAGUUGUAUUUGUAUUCUGUGGUCAGGGUCCACAGUGGAAAGGCAUGGGAAGUGAACUCUAUCAAGCCGAAAGUAUAUAUAAAGAAACCGUUGACCAUAUUGACUCGCUAUUUAAACCACUGUUUGGUUAUAGUAUCCUCGAGAAGCUAAUUUCAUUGCCCGAUGAUUCACUGGAGAUACACCAUCCCAUCAUUGCACAACCAGCUCUUUUCCUCUUGCAAUGUGGUUUGGUAUCACUCUAUCGUCAAUGGGGAGUAGAACCAUCUUUUGUAGUUGGUCACAGUUUUGGUGAAGUUACAUCUGCAUAUUGUUCUGGUGCUUUGACAUUGGAAGAAGCUGUAAAAAUAGUAUAUCAUCGUAGUAGUCUUCAAAAUAUUACGAUUGGAAGUGGAAAGAUGUUGGCAGUCACUUUGACAUCUGAUACAUUCAAUGCCGACUACCAUUCAAAAUAUCCAGAGUUGGAAAUCGCUUGCUACAACUCUCUUGAUUCAUUGGUGAUAACGGGUGUCGAAGAUAAACUACAAGAGUUCUCCAACGAUCUAACGGCACUUGGUAUCUUUAAUGUCUUUUUAAAGUCACCUUGCUCAUUCCAUUCUUCACAUCAAAAGGUUCUAAAGUCAAGAGUUUUCGAGAGUUUGACAGACCUACCGAGUGUUCUACACAAUAAGAUUCCACUUUUCUCGACUGUGACUGGUAGUCUUCAAACCGAUCCAGUUGAUGCUCGUUACAUCUAUCGUAAUCUCCGCCAUCCAGUACAGUUUAAAGGUGCAAUAGAGUCGAUCUAUGAUAUUGCGUCGGAGCCAUCGGACAACUUGAUAUUCUUGGAGAUUACACCGCAUCCAACACUCUCCUACUUGAUCAAUAAGAUCGUUCCAAAUGCCAACGUAAUACCGUCGCUUUAUAGAAACAAAGAUGAACUGGUUUCAUUCAAUACUUCAAUAGCUAUACUUCACUGCAAUGGCUGCAAUGUCAAUUUCACAUCGCAAUUCUCACAUCAAGAGUUGAGUAGUCCAGUUUGGCGUGAGCGAGUAAAUCUUCUACCUAGAUACCAGUGGGACACCGACGUCUAUUGGAAUGAACCGCAGUACUCUAUCGAUUGUCGUUUAUCAGGACCGUCAGGUACCAUCUUGGGACAUCAAGCUAUUCAGGGACUUCAACGAUAUGAGAGUAUCAUCGAUUGUAAUCGUCGUCCCUUUGAAUAUCUGAAAGACCACAAAGUAAAAGGAAAAGCUUUGUUCCCAGGUGCAGGUUAUAUCGAUGCAAUCAUCCAAGCAAUGUAUCCGCGUCAGAUGGAUAUCAUGAUAUCGAGCAUCGAGUUCCAAAGUCCAUUCUUCUUGGUCGAUGGUGAACAACAAUACUUGGAAACCGUCUUUGAUGAAGUCACUUUGAACAACAACAACAGCUACAAAGUUCAAUUCUUUCAAAAGGAUGGUGAGAAGACUCAGGCAUGGACAAAGACUGCCAAUGCACGACUCUCAUUGUUGCAGCCAACUAACGACACCACCCGAGUUGAUAUCGCUAGUUUGAUGUCUACUUGUAAAUUCACAACAAUCGGAAAGACCGAUCUCUAUCAAAAGAUAUCGAGACUUGGAUUGAAUUAUGGACCGACAUUCCAGAGAGUAGAAUCAAUCGAUAUCGGUCCAGAUUGUUCAAUGGCAAACAUUCCUUUCCAUGUAAAGGGUGGACCUCAUCACAUUCUGAAUGCUUGUUUAAUCGACAACUGUUUCCACGGAAUGUUGGCGCUGUUAGACAAUCGUCAACACUUUGUAGUGGCACAGGCAGAGAACGUACACAUCAACUUGGAGCUGUUACAACAUCUCAACUCGCAGCCAGUCGAUAACCUUUAUCUUUACACAAAGAUUCUGCAUCGUGGUCAGUUUGAGAUAACCGGUUCUACUCAGCUCCUUACCCCGAGUGGACAAAAUCUUUUAUCAAUGAAACGUUUCACAGUAAAGACACUCGAUAAGAAUCAUAGUGAUCAAAUCAAAUUCCCAUGUGACAAUGUAUUCACUAUGAACUGGCAAACCAAAGAGUCACCAUUGCCAUCGCCAUUCUCUAUUGUGCCUGAGAAACUGCCACAACAAGCUGCCGAAAGUCAGAUACUUAUGGAUUUCCAAUUCGUCUUGUAUUGCGCCAAACUGGUUAACCAAUCGUUGAGCAAAUAUCUGCUAGGUUACAAUCUUCUCAAGUUUAUCGCAACCCCGAUUCCCGAGUUGCUCACCCAGUAUCAGAUUCACUCGAAAUUCACACGAUUCCUCACACGUCUCCAAUCGAUAUUGAUUGAUAAUCGUAUCGAUCUCGAUCCCAACGGAGAGUUGGAUGCCGAUAUGUCAAUUCAAAAAGCAAUGAUACUCGACCGAUACCCCAAGGCGCUUGUUGAAUUCGAGUUGGUUGAGAGAGCUGCCAACCUAAUACCUGCUCUGUUGACAGGAGACAGUUCCGCUUGCCACUCAUUGUUUGAGAAUGAUCUGCUCAGCAAGUUCUAUACUCAUUCGUCUUCAGUAACCUACUACUUGGAGCAAUUGGCAGACACUAUCCAACAUGCUAUCACUUCGAAGCUAUCUGAGCCAAGAGUAUUCAGAAUACUCGAGAUUGGUGGUGGAACUGGUAGUUUAACCUAUCGACUUCUCAACACGUUCAACUUGAUUCUUGGUGGACCAAAGCAACGAAUCGAGAUAGAAUAUACUUUCACCGAUGUUUCGGCUGGUUUCGUCACUACAAUGAACGAGGAGAUUGAAAAGAGUGCCAAGCUACCUCACAACUUUUCAAUGAAAUUCAAAACACUAGAUUUGGAACGUGAUGUUGUCGCGCAAGGAUUCUUGCCUGGCUCAUACGAUAUGGUGUUAAUGUCCUAUGUUGUACAUGCUGUUUCCAAUCUACCGUAUGCUCUUGAACAACUCAAUCAUAUCACUAGUCCCAGUGGAUGGCUUCUCUUUAUUGAACCAUCAAAGAACAUUAUCUUCAGUGAUAUUGUAUUUGGUUGUUUCCAUCAGUGGUGGCAAUACUCUGACAAUCAACGAUCCGAUCAUUGUUCACUCGCUCCCGAACAAUGGUCAAAGUUGCUACACAAAGAAGGAUUCCCACAGACUAUAACUAUCAGUCCACCCAACGCAAUGGGACAAAUGGGUGCUUCACAUUCUUUUGUUGUUUUGUCACAGAAACUACCGAUGAAUACGGAGCACCUCGAGGAUGAUAUUCAAAAGAUCUCACUCAUUGUAUCAAAGACACAGGUUCACCCGACCAAUCCCACAAGAAAACUUCACAAGCUAUUGCGGGAAGCAUCGGUUUCCGCGCACGAAGUGGAAAUCAUUGAAUCUCAGAAUAUCGAAACUUCAAUGGAUCGCAUAAAAGGUUCCAACUACCUAUUCUAUUUCCACGGGCUGGAAACACUCAGUGGAAAUUAUAAACUGGUCACUCAGGAGUUGGUUACUCUCAUUCAAAAGUUGGCAACGAUACCAGUUGGUUCGGCACCGAAACUGGCUAUUGUAACAAAGAACUCGUGCACACUGAACUCUCGCAACUAUCUGAAUGCCAGUUUGAUAGGAAUUGCAAGAACAGCUGCCAAUGAAUAUCCAACACUAUCGAUCACCAUGAUUGACAUUGACGAUGAGGAUACAACCGAUAUGAAGACACUGAUCAAUCUAACUGGCAAAUCUGACAAGUUGGCAGACUCUGAGUUCAUUAUCAAAGGUGGAAAGAUAUUGGUACCACGUUUAACCCCGGUUCCAAGAGAUACACUUCUGGAAAGCAGUGGUGCCUAUGAAAAGAAUAUUAACAAUGUGGCUUGUCUUUCCGAUGCCAAGUUGGGAUUCCAUUGUGUAACACGUUCACCGCUUGGCAGUUCAGAGAUUGAGAUCUCGGUGAAGGCAGUCGGUCUCAAUUUCAAAGACUACCUAUUUAUGCGAGGAUUACUUCCACAAGAGAUAUUCCGUAAGGGUGAUAUCUACAAUCCUCCAUUCGGACUUGAAUGUUCUGGAAUCAUUUCUCGUAUUGGUGAGCAAGUCGACCAAUUCAGUGUCGGUGAUGAAGUGGUUGGUUUUGCACGUCAUUCGCUUGGCUCACACGUCGUAACCAAUCAAAAUCUAGUUGUAAUGAAACCAUCGAUGCUUAGCUACGAGGAAGCAGCAUCGAUUCCAGUUGUAUACUGUACGGCAUUCUACUCGCUUUUCAAUGUUGCCAAACUUGAUACUCGACACGAAUCAGUGUUGAUUCAUGGUGCCACCGGUGGUGUUGGUAUGGCUGCUCUCAAUCUCCUAAAGAUGAAAUCUGCCCUCCGAGUGUUUGCAACUGCUGGCUCCACUGAGAAACAAGAGUUACUAAAAGAGCGUUUCGGUGAAAUGUUGUGUGGUGUCUACAAUAGUAGAACCAAGGAGUUUGCCGACCGAAUCAAAGAGACAUCGUCUGGCGUCAAUGUCCUCCUCAAUACUCUAUCUGGAGAGUUCAUGAACGCCAAUUUUGAAUCGUUGGCAUCUUUUGGACGUAUUGCAGAUCUCUCGGUCACACACAUCUAUGCCAACGAACCAUUGGAUAUGUCCAACUUCAAAAGAGAUACUUCCUACUCUGCUGUUGACUUGGAGCGACUUAUCGAUGAACGUCCACAACUCUUACAAUCGAUGCUCUCUGAGAUUAUGGAUAACAUUAGCUCUGGAUCACUAGAGAUCAUUCCAAUCAAUGUUUAUUCCGCUAGCAAAUCGAGAGCAGCUGUCGAAUCAAUGAGUGAAAGAAAACAUAUUGGGAAGAUUGUAAUUGAUUGUAAAUCAAUUGAUAAAGAUAUUCUCAUUCCUCUAUUCAAAUCACCAACUUUAGUUCCAAUUCCCAAUUACAAAUUGGAUAUCAGCAAUACCGUAAUCAUUACUGGACAAACAGGUAUUUCAUUGGAACUCAUUAAAUGGUUAGCCAAUCGAUCGAAUGCAUCUGACAUUGUUGUAAUCUCACGUUCUUCACUUGGUUGGAAGCUUGAGACUCUUAUUAAGCGACUCCAAUUGAAUCGAUCGAAACCAGCAAUUCACCACAUCCAAGUGGAUAUCGCUAAUAUGGAUUCACUUACAUCCUCUGUUCAGAAGCUUGAAGUUCCACCUAUUCAAGCAGUAUUCCAUUUGGCAGCCAUCUACUAUGAUGUUCCAUUCGAUCAAGUGAAUAUCGAUGUCAUAAACAAAGUCCAUGAUCCAAAGGUCAUUGGUGCAAUCAACCUUCAUCGUCUCUCCAUUAUCUCUGGUUGGAAACUAGAUUACUUUGUACUUUUCUCUUCGAUUACAUCGAUAACAGGAUACAAUGGACAAGCCAGUUAUAAUUCUUCCAACGCAGUUCUCGAUGCUCUUUGUAAUUUCCGUAUUUCAGCGGGCUUACCAUCGCUAUCCUUCAACUGGGGACCACUUCAAAGUGAGGGUAAAGUCGCUGACAACGAAGCAAUAGAAGAGUUGUUCCUUAAUAGAGGUCUACCGUCACUCUCUCUACCGAGAUUCUUUGGUGCAUUGGAGUGCGCGCUAAGUGGAAACGAGAGUUGCCAUCCUCCACGUCAACUGAUUGUCAGUCCCAUCAACGCUCAACUGUAUUUCGAUUCUUUCCCACAUAUGCGUCCAAAGAUGGCACAUCUUGUAGUUAUCAAUGAAAACGAUAACAGGUUGGACAAUGGAAAAGAUGACAUUUCACUAGAAGAGAGAAUCACCAACAAGGUAGCCAACCUACUCUCUGUCAAUCAUUCCAAGUUGAAUCCAGACACCAAACUCAAGGAAUAUGGUUUAGAUUCACUAUUGACAGUUCAAUUCAAAUCAUGGAUUGAUAAAGAGUAUGAAAAGAAUCUAUUCACACACAUUCAACUGUCAUCAUCAAGUAUCAAAAAUAUUAUUCAAAAGAUUGCAAACCUUGCAACAGGCACUUCUAAAGGAACUACCACUGCACUACUCUCGGCAUCGGAAGAUACAUCUAAAGCUAAAUUCAAAGUUGAUGUUAGAACAUCCCCACUACCAAAGCUAUCAUAUGUAUUACCUCGAAAGUCAUCCGUUCCAAAUAUUGAGUUGCCAUCACUGCUGCCAAUCACCAAAGAAAAGUCUUCACUCCACAACUCAACAAAUAAUCUACCUCAAUACAACAAGUUACAGUCAUCACCUGUCCCAUCAAGUAAAACGAAUCCACUCUUACGUACAGUUCAUGCCAAGUCACUUAUCAAUAAUGGUGAUCGUAUCACUUCUAACACCACCGGUAGCAAUAGCUCUGGCAGAGGAACACCUCUUUCAUCUCCUACUUCAUCAUCACCAACACGCUCAUUGUCACCAAUGCUAUCACUUGUCAUGCCAACCAUCAGUAACAAUAUCAAUCCUUACAUACUUGGCAUGGGAACUGCAGUACCGAACGGUCCACUCUACCAAGACGAUCUAGGAGCAACAAUGUCCAAGGAUUUCUCUGACGAUCCUGAAACCGUCGAUAAAGUAGUAAAGAUAUUCGAACAAUCUCACAUUAAAACACGUCACCUCUUUAGAAAUCCACUCCUACCUGAAACUUCGCUGAAGCAACGAAAGAAUGAGAAUAUCUCUGAUGUCAACGGACAAUUCAUUAAAGCAGCUCCCAGUCUCUCACGUGAGUCCUGUGAGAAAGCCAUUAAAGACUGGGGUGGCAAUGUCGAAGAUAUCACCCAUAUCGUAUCGGUAUCGAGCACCGGUGUCGUAGUGCCAGACAUCAACUUCCUUCUCAUCGAGAAACUCGGACUUAAUCGCGAUGUCGAGCGUGUCUCCAUUAACUUUAUGGGUUGUCUUGCCGGUCUUUCAUCUCUACGUGCAGCUUGCUCACUGGCUUGUCACAAUGCUAAGAAUAGAAUUCUAGUAGUUUGCACAGAGAUAUGUUCCACUCAUUUUACCACCAACGAAGGAGUUGACCAGAUUGUUGCUUCAACUAUAUUUGCAGAUGGAUCAGCAGCAUAUAUUCUAGGUUGUAAUCCAUCAAUUUAUGAAAGACCUUUGUUUGAAGUGCUGACAUCUAUGAAUAGAUCGGUGCCAGGUACUGCACAUACGAUGACCUGGGAAAUUAGUACGAAUGGAUGGGAUUUAGGUUUGGAUCAGUCGAUUCCUCAUCACAUUGGCGGUGGAAUCGAAACGUUUGUCAGAGAGUUGCUUGAGAAGACGAAAGCACAGACACACUCGACCAACUUUAAAGACUAUGAAUUCCUUAUUCACACCGGUGGCAAAGCCAUUCUAAUGUCCAUUGAAAACUCACUCGACAUUGUAUCCACUCAGAACAGUCAUUCCUGGUCUAUCUACAAAGCAUUCGGUAAUAUGUCGAGUGCUUCCGUUCUCUUUGUAAUGGAUCACGCCAGAAAAUCUAAAUCACUUCCACAAUAUUCAAUUGGACUUGCUUUUGGUCCUGGUUUAGCAUUCGAAGGUUGUGUACUUAGAAAUAUUUGUUAA